AAUGAAGGAAAAUAAUUAAUAUGACUAAUUAUGGAGGAUCAAAUAUUCUAUGAUUAAACUAUAGGUAGAAAUUAUGAUAUUUGGGAUAGAAAUAUAAAAUUCAUCUUUAUCGGCACAAAAUUAUUCAUUUAAAUGUUGGGAUCUUGAAAGAGGUGCAUUAUUGUUAGAUAAUUUACAAAGUAAUUGUAAGGGCAUAUUGGAUACUUAUGGAUUUUAAGACAAAGGAUUUUUUGGCUUUUCUAGUAGAAUUAAACUGGCCUAAGUAGAUAUAGUAUUGAUAGACAUAUGCAACGAAUUCACAGUGAAAGAAGAUAAAGUUGUGAAAUAAAUGAUCAAUUCUAGUUGAGAAACAGUGUUCAUAUUUUAAAGACAAUAGAAUUCUCAAAAUAUUUUUUCAAACUCUGUGAAUCUAAAACAACAUAGUUAAUAGAAGUAUAAGGUUUCCAAUAAAGUAAUUGUAAUAUUGGAAACAA